CGGGCUCGGCACCACCUCCUUUCCAGUCCUGCCGGCUCCGGAACCCUCGGGCAUAGGCCGGCCCGGCCUCGCAGAGCCGCGGGCCCGAGAAAAAAAUUAGGAGGUUGAUGCAGAAGAAGCACCAACUGUUCAUGCUAUUGAGAUGUCCUGUAUUCCAUUGUUAAUGGAACCAGCAUGUUCCAGCUCUGAGGUCCAGGGAGCUGCAAAGAAGAGGAAUAAUGAGGCUGCCUACAGACUUUUGAUUCCUCUUCCUGAUAAUAAUGAAAGCAAACAGUCAAAAUCUAUUCAAAGAAAGAGAGUGCUUCCAUUUUGGAUGCUGGAAAGAGAUCUGGUACAGAAGGUUUCCAAGCCUGUAAUGACAGGAGGUAGUAGGAAGAAAAAGGGCCAAGGACGGGGAGAGGGUCAUACAGAGUCAUUAAAAUCAGAAGUACGUGUACAGCAGAAAAAAAGAUUGGCUUCAGAAGAAUCUAUAGAGCAUUUUGAAGGUGCAGAGCAAGAUCAAGGGAAAAGGAGCUGCCUUUCCGUCCCUGUUCCUCCAUCUCAGAAUACAUCUGGAUUUCCUCUUGAGACUAUCAUGAGGGAUAUGGAAGGAUGCGGCAAGACUGGAACAAAAAUCCCUGGAAGUUCUCUGGAAAAAAAUUAUAUGCAGCUGCAUAGCAUAUGCUCUAAAAGAGUUGGUCAGAUCUCCAGUGAACACAAUAGAAUUGAGGAAACAGAAAACAAAGAGCAGAUUACUGGUUCUACAAGCCAACAAGCUCACUGGGGCAGGACUUCCCAAUAUUUUAGUGCCCAGGAAGGGAUUCUUGAGCCUGAUGCAAAUCUGGACUACAACACUGAGAUUUCUGAUUCAGCCAGAAGUGCAGAUUCUUCAGAAAGCUCCAAACAGAUGCAGCAUAAGAGGACACCUUGCAUGUAUGGAAGUGGCUGUUACAGGAGGAAUCCUGUUCACUUCCAGCAGUUCAGUCAUCCUAAUGAUGAUGACUAUCAUGACAUGGAGAUGAUGGCUAAGGAUGACAAUGACAACCGGCUGGAGUGUCCAUAUGGAAUGGCUUGUUAUAGGAAGAACCCCCAGCACAAACUGGAAUACAAGCACAGUGCACCUCCAGGAAAAAGGGCUGUGGAGAAAGAUGGUGUCAGUGAUGGUGAAGCCAAUGAAUAUGAUCUCGAUGACAGCUUUCUGGACGACGACGAGGAGGAGGACUGCGAACCUACUGAUGAAGACUCGGACUGGGAACCAAGUUCAGAAGAAAAGGAUAAUGAAGAUGCUGAGACACCUGUGCAAAAAACACAUAGAUUUGUUAGGAUCAAAAAAUAGCUGCUCAGAAUAGCCUUAUGAAUGUUCCUUGUGGUUGUGUUUAAACAUGGUUGCACAAAGGAGAGGAAUUGGUUGAAAUUUUUUUUUCUCCACUGUGUAAGCGCUACAGGAAGGUAAUAAUGGGAAUGAAGGAAUUCUCAAUGCCUUUCUUGUCCAUAUGUAUUAUUUUGGGGCUAGUAUGGUGUUUGUUUUAUUAAGUUGUGGACCCAGAAGAUAGAGUUGUGAAAAUUUUUGGUUGUUUUUUCUUUUUUUCUCUCUCUCUUUUUUUUUUUUUUUUUUUUUUUGCAAAGCCAUUGGUAUUUCAUAUUUUGAAAUACAAUUUUAAAGGUUGUUAAAACUUGAUCUUCCUGUGCUUGAAAGAAAUAUUUGUGGUAGGAAUGCCUAAGCCAUUUCUGUUGUUGAGUUAGUGGAGUUUUAAAAUUCGUUACUCUGCCCCCAUCUUUCCCAGGUGUCAUUUUUUUGGUUCUCUUCAAGUACAGUAGUUAAAUACAGGUUGUCUAAAUCACUUGAGAACAGGAUCUGAGUGUAUUGAACCACUUGAUUGUCUCAACAACAAUUAUAGUGUUAUUUGCUUUAAUUACAACAGUACCUCUUUCUCUGAACAUCGCUGGAAUUGUGUUCAGUUCUCAGCAAAGUCUUGAUGACUGUAUUUUUGCAUAAUUAAACUUGUAACAUACAGUGAGAA